AUUUAAACUGUUCCACAUAAAUAUGGAUUUGUCAUUCACACUCUUUCUUCUAGUAUUGGCCUUUUCAUUCCAAUGUUCAUCUUCAUCAUCAUCAUCAUCACUGAGAAAAGGUUCAUCCCUCUCAGUAGAAAAUCCAAAUGAUAAAAUCAUCUCACAUAAUGGCAUGUUCUCUGCUGGCUUUACUGCCAUUGGUGAAAAUGCUUAUUCCUUUGCCAUAUGGUUCACAGAACAAAAUUCUCUUAACAACACAAUCAUUUGGAUGGCAAAUCGCGAUCAACCCAUUAAUGGAAAACGAUCAAAACUCACCCUUUUAAACACAGGAAACAUUGUCUUGUUUGAUGUUUCUUUAAACAAUGUUUGGUCUUCAAACACUGCGUCAUUGAAACCAUUAGAGUUACAUCUCAAAAAUGAUGGAAAUCUUGUGUUGCGUGAGCUUCAAGGAACCAAAAUUUUGUGGCAGAGUUUUGAUUCUCCAACAGAUACUCUUCUUCCUGGUCAACCUCUUACAAGAUAUACAGAGCUUGUAGCUUCAAGAAGUGAGAGUAACUAUUCAACUGGCUUCUACAAGUUCUCCUUUGAUGAUUCAAAUGUUCUUGUUCUUCGUUAUGAUGGCCCGGAUAUUUCUAGCUCUUAUUGGCCAAAACCUUGGCUGCUAAUUUCGCAAACCGGCAGGGCUAGUUUCAAUGGUAGCAGAAUUGCAAUCUUGGACUAUUUCAGUAAUUUCCUUUCAUCAGAUAAUUUAACUUUUAUAACUUCUGAUUAUGGAACAAUUCUACCAAGAAGAAUGAAAAUGGAUCCUGAUGGUAAUGUUAGAGUAUAUAGCCGAACUAAUGUGUCGCAAAAUUGGUAUGUUUCCUGGCAAGCAAUUUAUGGUGCUUGUGUGAAGAAGAUUUCCUUCUUGAACUUGGCUGGGUUUUGA